GGAUAUGAGCAGGAGGUGAAACGCGAAGCGGCCGCAGCAGCAGGAGGCCGCGGAUCAUGACUGACGUGGAGACUCGAACCCGAGCGCAGUGAAGGGACUGGAGCUGAACUCCUGCUGUGUGUGUGUGUCUGUGACCCGAGCUCGACACGAUGAGUCUGACCAAAGCGGAGCUGUGUGACUCUCUGCUAACCUGGCUGCAGACGUUUCAGGUGCCAUCGUGCAGCAGCAAGUACGACCUGGCGAGCGGACUGGCCAUCGCACAUGUGCUGCACAGAAUAGACCCCUCCUGGUUUAACGAGGCAUGGCUCGGCAGGAUCAAGGAGGAGAGCGGGGCCAACUGGCGCCUCAAGGUCAGCAACCUGAAAAAGAUCCUCAAGAGCAUGAUGGAGUAUUAUCACGAUGUUCUCGGUCAUCAGGUGUCAGAUGAGCACAUGCCAGAUGUUAGCCUCAUCGGAGAGAUGGGAGACGUCACCGAGCUGGGCAAGCUGGUGCAGCUUGUUCUGGGCUGUGCCGUCAGCUGUGAGAAAAAACAAGAGCAAAUUCAGCAAAUAAUGACCCUUGAGGAAUCGGUCCAGCACGUUGUGAUGACGGCCAUUCAAGAGCUCUUAUCGAAGGAAGCCUCCACUGAACCAGGAAGCCCAGAGACCUACGGAGACUUUGACUCACAGUCCAGGAAGUAUUAUUUUCUGAGUGAGGAAGCAGACGAGAAGGGGGAUCUGAGCCAACGCUGUCAACACCUGCAGCAUCAGUUGUCCGUGGUGCUGGAGGAGAAGUCGGCCCUGCAGGCGGAGACACGCACCCUGAAAGAGAAGCUGCACUUCCGCGACUCUCUGGACACCUCGUCCACCGCCAUCACGGGCAAGAAGCUGCUGCUGCUGCAGAGUCAGAUGGAGCAGCUUCAGGAUGAGAACUACAGACUGGAGAACAGCAGAGAUGACAUGCGUGUGCGGGGGGAGAUCCUGGAGCGGGAGGUGGUCGUCCUGCAGCUGCGUAACGAGGAGCUGAACAGCCUGGCGCACGAGGCCCAAGCCCUCAAAGACGAGAUGGAUAUUCUCAGGCAUUCAUCUGACCGGGUAAACCAGCUCGAAGCGCUGGUGGAGACGUACAAGAGGAAGCUGGAGGAUCUGGGAGACCUGCGCAGACAGGUGCGCCUCCUGGAGGAGCGCAACACCGUGUACAUGCAGCGCACCUGCGAGCUGGAGGAGGAGCUCCGCCGGGCGAACGCCGUCCGCAGCCAGCUGGACACCUACAAGAGACAGGCGCAUGAGCUUCACACCAAGCACGCCGCGGAGGCCAUGAAAGCUGAGAAGUGGCAGUUUGAGUACAAGAACCUUCACGACAAGUAUGAAGCACAGCUGAAGGAGAAAGAACGUCUGAUCUCGGAGAGGGACACACUCCGGGAGACGAACGACGAGCUGAGGUGUGCUCAGGUCCAACAGAGGGUUCUCAGUGGAGCUGGAGGCUUGUGUGACAGUGCCGACCCAGUUGGAAACCUGGCUGCAGAGAUCAUGCCGACUGAGCUCAAGGAGACAGUUGUGCGUCUGCAGAGUGAAAACAAGAUGAUGUGCGUCCAGGAGGAGUCGUACAGGCAGAAGCUGGUGGAGGUGCAGGCCGAGCUGGAGGAGGCUCAGCGCAGCAGGAACACCUUGGAAACACAGAACAGGUUGAACCUGCAGCAGAUCUCAGAGCUGCGUUCUCAGAUCGAGGAGCUCCAGAAGGCGCUGCAGGAGCAGGACAGCAAGACUGAAGAUUCGUCCUUAUUGAAGAUAAAGCUCGAGGAGCAUUUAGAGAAGCUCCAUGAAGCUCACUCAGACCUUCAGAAGAAACGAGAGGUCAUCGACGACCUGGAGCCCAAAGUGGACAACAGCAUGGCAAAGAAGAUUGAUGAACUCCAGGAGAUCCUGCGGAGGAAGGACGAUGACAUGAAGCAGAUGGAGGAGCGGUACAAGCGCUACGUGGAGAAGGCGAAAACGGUGAUCAAAACCAUGGAUCCCAAGCAGCAGCCGGCGGCUCCUCACCUCCAGGCUCUGAAGAACCAGCUGACGGAGAAGGAGCGAAGGAUCCACCACCUGGAGCACGACUAUGAGAAGAACAGAUCCAGACACGACCAGGAGGAGAAACUCCUCAUCAGCGCGUGGUACAACAUGGGGAUGGCGUUGCACCAGAAAGUGUCCGGCGAGCGGCUGGGACACUCCCACCAGACCCUGUCCUUCCUCGCCCAGCAGCGGCAGGCCACCAACGCCCGGAGAGGCCUGACACGACAUCACCCGAGAUAGAAACACACACACAGGUGCUGACAAGAAGAUGAAAUGAUCUACGACAAACUUCUUCUGAAACUUUGCCUUGAUGCCUUCACUGGAUCGCUGCACCUCGGAGUAUUAGUCCAUGCUGCUACUGCUCCCUGCUGGCUGUUGAUGGUACAAGAUCAUUUUUUAUUUUCCCUGAUGAGCUGCAGCGGAGAAACACUCGACUGAUCCAGAGUUCAGCCUCAGAAACAGAGCAGGCUGGGCAGGAGGAGAUAGAGCCUGAAAAGAGGCUGAAUCACCUUCUAAGGUGACUUGUGUUUCAUCUUUAGUCUCGAAUGCCCUUGUUUCUUUUAGGGUCUCUUUUAAAUCUUUUAUUUUUUUAAUCUCUUAUGUUUAACACUAGGAUGGACUAGGAUCUAGUUUUAUCAAGGUUACUAUUUAAACCUGGUAGAUGAGGGCGGUGUUAUAAGAGUUUAGAGGACAUGGAGCUACACAAGUUAUAGACUGAGAGCAGAAGAAGAAGUUAGCUGCUAGUAAAACCUCUUUGGUUUUGUUCUUCAGUUUUUAUUUUUGUCUCGUAUAUCGUUUGUGUUGAAUCCAUUAUUUUUGUUUGGUUCUUGAUUUGAAGGAAAGUAAAUUGUCAAGACCAUGAGGUUUGUUUAAUCGCUAAAGUCUCGUUUUAAAGUUUUUCUCUAAACAUAAGAUUCAUCUUAAAAAUUAAGAUUUUAAGGGGUGUGGGGGGGUCGUCCAGUGCAUCUCUACGUCAUCUGCGUGAUGCUGUGGAGGAAACCUGGACGUUCUCCAUCUUAAUUGGCAAAAUAUGGUUAAUUUUCAUGUCUUGUGAUGAUGUGACUUCUGUUUCAUGUCCUCAUCGGUGCUAAUUCUUAAGAUUUUAUUGAUUUUUAUUUUUUCUCGUUCGCGCCCUCCUCCCAAAGAUUGAAGCAGGAUGUUUGUUGUGGGUUGGACCUAAUUGCACUCACCACUUUACAUUGGAACACUAUGCGAUCAGAAUCCAUAAUUAUAAUAACACUAACGACUCGGCUGCUGUACCACCGCCAACCUCCUUUUAGAGUUCAACUGAACUGGAAGAUUCAUCGAUGCACUGGAAUUCUUUUGUCUGUUGACUGGAAGUCCGAAGUGGAAACAAACGAUCGAACCUGUAAUGGUUUCACUCGGCGUCUGUUCAUACUUUUCCUUCUGAGCAGGAGUAGAAACAUUAGAUCGUCCCGUAUCAGAGCUGCUGUCUUUGUGUCCCGGUGAGCAGUUGUGCUGUGAUCUACAUGGACCAGAAUCCUGCUGUUGUGUGUGUGUGUGCACGUCUUUUCACUGGUGGUUUUUUGUUUUGAGUUUAUAUUUAUGGUGUCAUGUCGUUAUCUCUGCUGCACAUUAAAUGGCUGGAGGGUUUCUGUUUGUCAGCGUCUGUAUCAUGAUGGUCUCGUAGAUUACAGCAGACUGUUCUUCACACAGGGAUUUGAGGCAAGUUAAAGGGUUGUAGUCCUGUAACGCUCUAAUUUUGCACAACAAAUAAAUGGGAUCUUAAGAACAA